AUGACGACGGACAGCACCAACCGCGCCUCGCCGCUGGCCAGGCUCGAGCAGGCCCGGCAGCUGCUCGCCACCGCGCGCGAGAUCCUGGACCGGUUCAACUACAAGCACAAGAACCAGCACCGCCUGUCCAAGUGGUGGGCCGCCUUCGACACCCUGCGCAGGCACCUCGCCAAGCUGGAGCGGGACGAAAUCACGCCUGCUGUCGGGGCCCUCGAGCUCGCCGCCCGCCGGUCGGCGGCCCGCGGCUCCGGUGGCGGCGGCUCCAAGCGUCCCCGGGACCCUGCUGCCGCCGUGGACGUGGCCGUGAUGCCGCCCGGCGUCGGGGCGAAAUCCAAAUGGAUGCGCGACUACCUGAUCCCCAGGGCCUACCCCUCCUUCACCCAGCUGGCUGCGGACAAUCAGUUCGCCCACCUAGGGCUUCUCUUGCUCGGCGUGCUGGCCCAGGUUCACGAUCUCGUGUCUCUUAUCUUGCCCCCGCGCAUAGAGGAAGAUGACGCCGAGGGUGUAAAGUGUGCGGCUGCGUCUCCGCUUCGUAUCGAAGCACGGCCGGUGCCGGCAGUGGGAACUGCCGCCCUUGUGCCUGCAGUUGCUUCCAGCAAUCCAGAUGAUUUGGGCGUUGCUGUGUCCCGGGACGACGUUGCACCUGCAAAACGUGACGUGCGCAGCAGAAGCGAAGAUGCAUGCGCGCGAUUAAACGGCAAGAAGCGUGAAAAACAGACCAGCACCAAACCCACCCUCUCAGAAGAGGCAUCGCCAGGCCCAGACGAGGUGACUAGGCCAGUUCGCGAGGCGCCGCUAGGUCCAUCUGCGGCCAAGCCCAAGGUCAAGAAAAAGGCACGUAGCGACGACGCCAAAGAGGAGAAGAAAAAGAAGAAGAGAAAGAAGGGCGACGAGUUUGACGACCUGUUUAGCUCGCUGAUGUAG